AUGAAGUUUGUCUGCUUGGACAUGCAGAAGAAAUUACAAAAGUGCCAGAAGCAGGCUCUUGUUGUCUCAUUCUUCUUUAAUGCCCGAGGCGAGUACCUAGAAAGAUCUAUUUUGGGGAUGUAUCGAUCAUCACUCUUCCAACUUCUUCAAGGAUACCCUGACCUCCAGUCAGUGCUGGAUGACUCUGAUGUUAUCUCGCACGGAUGCACUUCUUUGAAUGUGCUGAAGGAUCUCUUCAGCACUGCGGUUCUGAGACUUGGUGAGAGAUCCUUGACCUGUUUUGUCGAUGCCCUCGACGAGUGCGAUGAACAACAGGUUGUGGAUAUGGUUCAGUACUUUGAAGACCUUGCCGAACAGUGUGUCUCUGAAAAUAUUCCAUUCAAAGUUUGCUUUUCUAGUCGCCAUUAUCCCUAUAUCACCAUCAAGCAAGGGAUCCGACUUACUCUUGAGGAUCAGAUGGGCCAUUGUCAAGAUCUGGAGACCUAUAUCACAAGCCGCCUUCAAAUUCAAGACUCGGCUCUAAACACGGAGCUACGGCCACAGCUUCUCGAAAAAGCUGCAGGUGUUUUUAUGUGGGUGGUCCUUGUUGUGGACAUCCUCAACAAAGAAUACCGACGAGGUGGACUAUAUCUACGCAAGAGACUCAAUGAGAUUCCGAGUGACUUGAGCGAACUGUUCAAAGAUAUCCUCAGGCGGGAUAAUGAGAAUAUGGAGGAGCUUCUUCUUUGUAUUCUUUGGGUUCUUUUUGCAAAGCGUUCCCUACAACCUAAGGAGUUUUACCAUGCUCUCUGGUCUGGGUUAGCACUCAAAGGCCUUGUCGAUGAUAAUCCGGUGGUUUUUAGUGACCCAGAUUCAAGUGACAGCUUGAGUAGGUUCACCAGAUGUGUCAUCAGCUCUUCGAAAGGCCUCGCCGAGGUCACAAAGUCCAACACUCCAAUAGUGCAGUUCAUCCAUGAAUCUGUCAGAGAUUUUCUGAUCAAAGAUAAAGGUCUUUAUCAAAUGUGGCCGGAUCUAGGCCUCGACUGGGAAGACUCGGGCCAUGAGAUGCUCAAAAAGAGUUGCAAUGUCUAUCUCAAGCACGUCUUUGCUCAUAUAUCUACCAAAAAUCGCACGUCCUCGGCCGAAUUCGAAUCGAGCAGGGAAUCACUUAUGAACUCUGCAACUUCAUAUCCAUUUUCAGCCUAUGCUUGUCAGCAGUUGCUCUAUCAUUCUGAGAUAGCGGCGGGAUCCAUUCCCCAGUGUGAAUUCCUGGAUGACCUCAAUGAAUUUCAACUUUCACGAUGGAUUGAAGUCAACAACCUGUUCGAAGAGUUCAAAGUUCGCAAAUACGGUCCGGACGCGAGUCUCAUCUACAUACUUGCUGACAUGGGACAUCCAAAUCUAAUUCGGCAAUGGUCUAGCCGCGAUCCACAUAUUCACUUUAAGUGCCCGAAGGAGCGGUACAGAUACCCAUUCUUUGCCGCCAUUUCCAGCGGCAAUAAAGAUGCUGUCGCUGCUAUACUGAACAUACCCUCCAGCGUUUACAAUGGGUUCGACAUCAUGGAAGAUUUCAACAGCAAGAAAAACCUAAAGCGGUACAAAGGUCAAACCCCGCUUACCUGGGCAGCUAUGGAAGACCGGAUAAGCAUUAUGCAGAUUCUUCUGCUUCAAGGCAUGGACCCGAACGAGAAAAAUGAUAGGAAGGAAACUCCGCUCUUCUGUGCUUUGAAACAUGGUCAAGAACUUGCCACCAACUUUCUCCUUGAUAUUGGGGCAGACCCCUGUCAAAAUUCGUUCGGAUUUGUCUGUGAGAAAGGUUUCUAUCGUUCUGCCAUUCUUAUGAUCAGCAGUGGAAUAGAAAUCGAUCGGCGGGGCGGUGAUUUUAAAACGACUCCGCUUUUCUUAGCGUCGGAGAACGGUCAUAUUGAAAUAGAGAUACGCCCCCUCUCUGAGGCGUCAUUCUACGGACACAAAGAGGUGGUCGAACUCCUUAUAGACAAUGGAGCUGAGCUGAACACAGUCAGUGGCUCGAGCUCGCCUCUUCUUACAGCAUCAAGCGGCGGACAUGAGGCUGUUGUCCGGUUCCUCGCAGAGAAGGGGGCGGAUAUCAAUGGGCAAGAUUUAUCCAAAAAAACGCCUCUUCUUGUAGCAUCAAGUCACGGGCACGAGGCUGUUGUCCGGUUCCUCGCAGAGAAGGGGGCGGAUAUCAAUGGGCAAGAUUUAUUCAAAAAUACGCCUCUUCUUGUAGCAUCAAGUCACGGGCACGAGGCUGUUGUCCGGUUCCUUGUAGAGAAGGGGGCGGAUAUCAAUGGGCAAGAUUCAUCCAAAAAUACGCCUCUUCUUCUAGCAUCAAGUCACGGGCACGAGGCUGUUGUCCGGUUCCUCGCAGAGAAAGGGGCAGAUAUCAAUGCGCAAAAUGUCUCUGGAGACACGCCACUUCUUGUAGCAUCAAGUCGCGGGAACGAGGCUGUUGUCCGGUUCCUCAUAGAGAAGGGGGCAGAUAUCAAGGCGCAAAAUGUCUAUGGAAACGCGCCACUUCUCGUCGCACGCUGGUCCCCGAAUAUUGCGAAAAUUCUCAUCGACCUCGGAGCUGACGUCAACUCUAAGAAUACGAAUGGGCAGACGCCUUUGUCGUUUGCUAAAAAGAACAAUCUUCAUGAUUUCAUAGAGCUUCUCAGAGAUCAUGGGGCUGAUGAAUCUUCCUAG